AUGGACGGCAACAGCAAUGCGGCUCUGCAUGAAGACAAGGGCUUGGCCAUCGUGGCUACGGCCUGGUCCUCGAGCGCCAUCGCUCUGAUUCUGAUGAGCCUACGGUUCUGGGCCAAGGUGGCACGGUCAGGCGGCGGACUAUGGUGGGACGACUACAUCCUGCUGGUUUCGUGGAUGUGCAUGUACGCGACGGCGCUCGUAAACACCAUCAUGGUCUCGUUGGGCAGCGGAAAGCACAUCUCGGUCGUGGACCCGACCCGGCUGGGCGACCUGACGCUGCUGGCCAACGUCGCGGGUACAACGUCCAUCCUGGCCGCGCAGCUGAGCAAGACCUCGUUUGGGCUGACGCUGCUGAGGAUCGCCACCGAUAAGCUGACGAGGGCGCUGGUUUGGUUCGCCAUCGUCACCAUCAACCUCGCCAUGACGGCAAACCUGCUGAGCCAGUGGUUCCAAUGCAACCCGCCCGCCAAGGUCUGGAUUACCACGCUGCCGGGAGAGUGCUGGAAGGCCCAGCAGUCAAUCCUGUCCGUCGUCAUGGCCGCCUACUCGGGCGUCAUCGACAUCAUGCUGGUCUUGGUGCCGUGGAAGAUUGUCUUGUCUUUGCAGAUGAGGCUGCCCGAGAAAAUUGGGGUUGCCUCGGCCAUGAGUUUAGGUGUUUUUGCUGGAGUGGCCGCCUGCGUCAAGGCAGCAUAUAUACCUGGCUUGGCUGCUGGUGACUUUACCUUCGCCGCCUCCGAGCUCCUCAUUUAUUCAUACAUCGAGAUCGGGCUCAGCAUCAUAGCAGCAUCCAUUCCAGCCCUCCGCGUCUUGGUUCGCGACAAGAUCAGGUCCACCCUCAAGGGUUACUCGAAUGGUACUCAGCAAACACACCAAACGCAGCAGAGCAGGUUGGACGCGGCGCAAGAGACGCAAAAGUAUGUGCUUCAGAGAGGCCAAAUACACAGGAGGGAUUCGGUUUCUGUUUCAUAUGUAUGA